CCAGUCGGUGAGGGGAGCUCCUGGCCUAAUUGUUUGCCAUGGAGCCAGAGAACAAGCUUCGUUACCGACCCCCUGAGCGGAUUAACGAUGGCUUCAUAAUCCCUAAGGAGGUAAAGGAGAAGGGGGCACUUCGUUGGCAAAACAGCCUCAUUGGGCAAUUUGUAGGCAAGAUACCCCGUCUUCCAGAUCUUCAGAGCUGGGCAACUCGUCUUUGCGGAAGGGAAUGAGCGAUUCAGAUCUGUCGAUUUAGAUCGCGACUCUUGGUUUUUUUGUUUCCAUCGAAGAUCAUAAGCGAUUGGAUUUUCAAGUAUGGGCCAUGGCAUUAUCAAGGUAACCCUAUUUUCUUUCGGAAAUGGUGACCAAGGAUUCAACUAGUGGAGUCGAAUGUGGAAACACUUCCUAUCUGGGUCCGUUUCUCUGGGAUUCCAUUACAGUAUAUUAUGUGGAUGGUUUGGAGUGGGUAGUAAGUACUGUGGGUGUGCCACUUCAUAUGGAUAGAUCGACUAGAGUUGGUGCUCAGCUUGGAACUGCUAGGGCUUGUCUGGAAAUGGAAGCAAGUUCAGGUUUCCCUAGUACGGUUAUGCUUUAUCCGGAUGAGGAAUCUGGGUUUGAGGUAAGGGUGGAGUAUAAUCGCCCUCCUCUAGUCUGUUCAAAGUGUGAGAUGCUUGGUCACAACUGUAAUAGUAAUCGAUAUGAAGGGAAGGUUUGGGUGAGGAAGGAACAAGCUCGUAUGAAGACAGCUGAGAAAUCUCGUUCUGGGGCUGAGAAUGAGGAGGUUCAGGGUAUAAAGGAUAAAGGGAAUGCAAUUCAAGAUGCUGAUAUUGAUACUGGUUCAUCUUCGUUGGCCGGUAGUAUACUUGGAAAUGUUGCACAGUGUGAUGUUGGACAAGAUCAAGGUGCUUAAAAGGAACUCACAUCUGUGGAUUCACUCUCAGAGACUAGAGUUCAGGCAGUGAGUUUUGUGGAGGUGGUAAAGGGGUCGUCAGUUUCUACUGGAAGUCCUGAGUCAUCUUCACAAGUAGCCAUGGGAGGAUGUUCACCAGUUAAUGGGAGGCAGACUCCUUUGGCUGCUCUACCUGAAUUGGAAUUAGAGGUUAAUCCUUGGAUUACAGUAGGCAGUCAAACUAAAAAGAAGCAAGCUCCAGUGGGACCUCCUGCUCUAAGAAAGGGGGUACGGGAGGAAAACGUCGAUGAAGUUGUUAUCGUGGAAUACCCGAUGUUUUAAAGACUUGGAUGAGAAUAAAAGUUGUACAACUUUUAGUAAAUAAGCAUAGUAUAGAUAUUAUAGCUUUAUUAGAACCUAGAGUAAAGGUAAAGAAGGCGGAACAAUUAGUUUAAAAAUGGUUUCAAUGCUGGGAAGUGGAAAUCGUAGGGAAUUCUUCUGGUUUAAGUAAGAUUGGUUCGGUGUGGAGAUCAGAUGUGAAGUUAAGAGUACUUCAUAGCUCUGAGCAAUUCAUGUAGUGGUUAGUUCUGGUGUGCCUUUUUUCCUCACAGUUGUUCAUGCUUCAAAUGAAGAGCUGGACAGAAGGGCAUUAUAUAAAAGUCUAGUAUAUCUACAAGUUCAGGCUGAGCCAUGGGUUAUUUUGGGGGAUUUUAAUGUUAUAAGUGGAGUUGAUGAAGCCUCGUAUUCUUCAAGCUUUUUUUCAAGUAUGGAGAAUUUCAAAAAUUGGCAGUUUGAUAUUGAAGUUGAGGAUCAUAAAUCAUCAGGGCCUUGGUUCACAUGGAUUAAUAACCAGGUUGGGAACCCAAUUGCAAGAAGGCUUGAUCGAGCUUUUGUUAAUUGCAAAUGGUUAGACACAUUCACCUUUAGCACAGUGGAUAUUCUUGAUCUAGCAUCUUCAGUACUCCACGCCUCAUUUACGAUAUCCCAGUAUCUCUCUUGUUUCAUCCAAAAUUUAAAGAACUUCAAUGGUUUGGGGAGAGAUUUAAUAGUGGUUGAAGUUAAGGUUUUAAGAGAUGUGUAGGAGUCGCUUCUAAGGCAGAAGUCGAGGGAAGUUUGGUUGAAGGUGGGAGACUCAAACUCGGGUUACUUUCAUUGUUCAGUUAAAGUAAGGCAUAAACGUAAUAUGAUAAGGUCUCUGUUGGAUGAAGAAGGAGUGAGAGUCAGUGAUACAGGGGGAAUGAAUCAAAUUGCUGAAAGAUUUUAUAAAAAUUUACUGGGGAAAAGGGAUUUAGAGGUUGAGGCUGUCAGGGUGGAGGAGAUUCAAAAUCUCUUGCAAUCAAUGGUUACUGAUGAACAAAGUGUUUAGUUAAGUAAACCUAUUACUGAAGCUGAGAUUAAGAUGGUUCUGUUCGAGUUUAAUGGGGACAAAAGCCCAGGGCCAGAAGGUUUUCCAGCGUGCUUUUUCCAAUCAGCAUGGCACAUCAUUGGGCCUGAGGUAAUUUCGGUUGUCCAGUUUUGUUUUUCCACCUGUACACUGCUAGGAGGAAUCAAUUAUACUCUGUUAGCAUUGAUCCCUAAAACUCAGAGCCCAGAAGAGAUGAAGUAUUUCAGACCUAUUUCCUGUUGUAACACUUUCUACAAGUGUGUUACAAAGAUUCUAGCAACUACGCUAAGUUCAGUAUUGCUUACAUUAAUUAGCCACAACCAAACAUCAUUUAUCAAAGGUCAAGUCAUUGGUGAGAAUAUUCUGUUGGCUCAUUAAUUGGUGCUAAAAUAUAAUAGAUCUAAUAUCUCCUUUCGUAGUAUUGUGAAAGUGGACAUUAUGAAAGCUUUUGACUCGGUUGACUGGGAUUUUCUGAUAACUGUAUUGAAGGCAAUGAAUUUUUCAGUAGGGUUUGUAAAUUUGAUUGUGAUGUGUGUGACCACUCCGAAGCUGAGUGUGGGAUUCAAUGGGGGGAUUGUGGGAUACUUCUUAUCUAUGAAAGGUUUGAGACAGGGUGAUCCUCUGUCUACUUACCUUUUUUCUCUCUAUGGAGAUUCUUUCUUGUUUAAUGGGUAAGGCAGUAAGGGAAGGUCAAAUGUCAUUCCAUCCGAUGUGUAAAAGGUUAGGCUUGCACACUUGAUGUUUUCCGAUGACCUUCUACUCUUUUCUGAUGGUUAUAAUUACGGAAUUCAUUGUAUUCAUAAAAUUUUGGGGGAGUUUAGAAGAAUGUCUGGAUUGAAAUCAAACCCUGAGAAAUGUGAGUUAUUCUGUGGGGGGGGGGGGGGGGGGGGGGGGUUGGGUUUCCUUUAGAGUGGGAGAAGCAGAUGGCUCUGAGAGCAGGAUGCAAGCUAGGUUCUCUUCCUAUCUUGGGAUUAUCUCUGAUUCCUGGUAAACUAUCAAUUGCAGCUUAUAAUCCUUUGCUUGAUAAGAUCACAAGUAGAAUUCAAAGUUGGAAAUCAAAGUUUCUUAGUUAUACAUGCAGGUUACAACUUGCAUUGUCUGUUUUAGCUAGUUUGACCCAACUCUGGAUGGCAGUGUUUAUUCUUCCGAAGAGAGUUAUCAAGGCGAUAGAGAAGCUAUGUAGUAAUUUUCUAUGGGGAGCUGGCCUAGAUGGAAGUAGGGGUCAACAAUGGAAAACUGGUAUCUGGGUGUAACCGUACCCGUCCUGUUUUUUAAGGGUUACGGGUACCCAUAUUACCCGUAAUUUUAUUAACGGAUGGGACUUGGGAUUGUACAUUCCUACAUUGGGUACCCGCGGGUUACCCACAAAUACAUGUUUGGGUAAUAUGGGUACCCGUUAUACCCAUUCGUUAUACAAAGGCUGAGCCCAGAAGGUAGAACCCUUUCAGACCUAGCAGAAGCCCAGAACCCUUUCAGCUUUCGGCCUCUCCCUUGUAGCCUUGUCGACAGACGAGUCUCAAUACUCUCCAGCACUCCUUGAGAUCUCGAAGUCAACAGGCACCACACAGCCAGCAGCAGUUCGCCUCGAAUUCUCUCCUUAGUCCUCUCUAGUCAUCUCUUCGACUCAAAAUAAAUUCUCCUCCCAUCUCAAAUCUCCAUUCACCGUGGCAAUCGGAAUCUCCGUAGCCCUCUGUUGCGAGUAACCGUCACCCAUUUUCCGAGUUUCUUUCCUUUCUUAUCUUUUUGGGUAAGUUCUUGAUCUUUCUCAGUUUUUCUUCCUACCCAUUUGCUGGAAGAGAAAAGAGAAGGUAAGGUUUGGCAAAGUGGAUCAUUUUAGGGGUAUUUCCAUGUUCUUGUUCUUCCCCUGCCUUGUCGUGUCUGAUUCUGUUAUCUUCUUUGUGGAUACUCGUUUACCCAUACGAGUUUGGGACAUGGGAUGCACUUUGCUCUCCAAACCGGACUGGGUACCCGUUUCAAACGGGACGGGUAUCCCGUCCCGUCUCGUUGCCCACCCCUAGAUGGAAGGAAGAAGGAUGUAGCUGCUUGGCACUAUCUUACUUUCCCUAAAAGUGAAGGUGGACUGGGUAUAAGGGAUUUAGUGAGCUGGAACUUUUCGUGUGUAGUUAGGCAUAUCUGGCUUAUCCUUUUACAACAGGGAUCUCUUUGGGUGGCUUGGUUAAAAGAGUACUUAAUUAAAAACCACGACUUCUGGCAUUUUCAAUCUAAAGUUGGUUCUUGGAUCUGGCUGAAGUUACUUAAAAGUCACUACAAAAAGACAGACAGUUGUGACGAAAGCUACCGACCACACUGUUUUUUCGCCAGAAAUAAGCAUAAUUUCCAAUGAAAUUGACAUUUUAUUGGAAAAUUUUCUAAUAUUUGUGACAAAAGAAUAUAUGCGUUGGAAAUACUUAGAAAACCCGUCAAAAUAAUAAUUUAGACAAAUUUGAGGAAUUGUGGAUCAUUAUUUAUGACGAAACAUGCUACGUCGUCAAAAAUAAUUAUUAUUACGGACAAGUUUUAAAAUGGUAUCAGUAAUAUAUGCUUUUUUCGAUAUCUCAAAAAAGGUUGUGGAAUAAUUGAGUUGUUUUUACGAAUUGUAUCCAUUGUCAGAAAUGUUUCGUCGAAAAUGGUAUUGUUUGUGCGGGAUAGCUUGCUCCAUAAGAAAAACUCUACAUUCUUCGACCAUCAAUUAUUGGUCGUCGAAAAAAGUUGAUCGUAAUAAAUUACAUUGCAAUGCAUCAGUAGAAUCGUCAUAAUUACCGUAGUAUUUUUGACGCGAAAUAUAUAUUUGUGGGAGUUAAUGCAUCAUAUGUAAGUUUUUACGGCCAAGCUAUUGGACGUCUGAAAUAACAUGUUAAGAUUAUCAAUUUUUUAGUUAGGGGUGACAUUUUCUAACGAAAAACAUAAUUCGGUUGAAAAUAAUGUAUAAUGUACAAAAAAUUCUAUAGUUUGGAGGAUUAAACUAUUAACCAUAAUUUACAACGUUAAAGUACACACGAGUUGCACAGUCUUACUGUUUGUGUUGCUAUUUACUAAUUUACAAAUGUAUUAGAAAUAAUAUGUUAUAUUGAGUAAUGGAAACAUUAAAAAACCAUCAAGGUGGAUUGAACCAACCACCUUAACCAACCACUUUAAGUUUACAAAGUUGAUUUCACACCAAUUAGAAUUUUUUUUUGAAAUUUCAUUCUAUCAUUACUAUAUAGUAACGUUAAAAAAGGAUAUCAGAUUUUUCAAUGAUAUUAUACCCGCCCUAGACUAAACGAAUCAUCCGACUAAACUGAAUCGUCAAGUUUUGCACUUUUUCCAUUUUAUUCUUGUUAUUAAUUUUUUUUCUCUCUUACCAAUAAUUGAACCUGUGUUAUCUAAAUGUAAAACAACCUACUUAACCAAUUAGACUACACUAAUUUUAUCCAAAACUCUAUUGACUCACAACCCAAAUCAAGUAUAAUUUGCACUAUAUAGAAUCAUGUAUGUGUACAACUUAAAUUUAUACGAUAAGAUAUAAGUACGAGUUUAAUUUCGCCAUUGAGGUGUUGGUACAAAUUCAAUUGAACUUUUACCAUACGAUAUAUGUACAAUGCAAUUUGAUCAUUAAAGUAUAUACACAAGCUCAAUUUGACCAUUAGUGUAUAUGUACACGUUCAAGUUGACCAUUAAAGUAUAUGUACAAGCUCAAUUUGAUUAUUAAUGUAUAUAUACAGUCUCAAUUCGACCAUUAUCAAUGUAUAUGUACAAGUUCAAUUUGACCAUUAAGCUAUACGUACAAGUUUAACUGAACCUUUACCAUAAGAUAUAUGUACAAGUUCAAGUUGACCAUUAAGGUACAGUAAAGUCUAUAAAUUAAUAUAGUCUGGACCGUGAAAACUAUUAAAACGUGUUUGCUUGUGUUUGGGAGUUGAAAUUGGGUUGCAGGGUCGUAUUGGAGUGGUGGCGGAGUGUGAGGAGUGUGGUGGUGGGUGAGUAGACCUGGCAAAUUACAACCUGAUUCGUUGACCCGACAAGAAACCGCCAAAAAAUUAGAAAUUUUUGUAACCCGAAAUCCGAAUGACCCGAACCCGAUAACCCGUGAUUUUUUGAGUCGGGUUGGGUUGGUUGGCGGGUCGACCCGUUAGACCCUUUCCAUUUAAUAUAUUACUCCCAAAAUAUGAUAAAAUCACUCAUAAAUUGAUGAGAUGUUUAAAAAAAAUCACAAGGAUUUCAACGACAUGUUUGGAGUUUAAGGAUAAUCAAAUAUCAUGUGUUUCUUGUAGUAGUAUUACUCUAGUGAUUGUUUUUUUUUUUUUGACGAUUUGCGCAAUUUAUAUUUCAUUUCAUUAGUAUGGGAGGAUUUGAGAAUAUGUUAAUUGACAUGUGUUAGGUAAACUAUUGUCAUGCAUAUUUGAAUAUAUGUGUUCUGUAAGAAAAUAUGAAGCAUGUUUGAUAUUGUUUCUGAGAACGCUCAUAACCCGAAAUGACCUGUAACCCGACCCGAAACCAAAUGGGGUGGGUCAAUAUUUGAUCCAAAAUAAGCCAACCAAACAUGACCCGACCCGUAACCGAAGUUCCCAACCCGACCCGAUUGCCAGGUCUAUGGGUGAGAGUCGGUGAAGAAUCUGGAUCUGCUUUUGCGUUAGGGGGAACAAGGGUCGGAGUCUCUUGUCAUUAUCUGACUAAGGAUCUGUUAGUCAAAAUUUCACUAAGUCUGCUCCAAAAUCCAGAUCUACAAUACAUCUUAGCCCAACCUUCGUUUUCUAGCCUGAUUCGUGACAUGAAUCUGCUUAACCAUCUCCAGUCGCAAUGAAUCUCUUCGAAAAUGACGACACAAUCAACAACAACGUGCACUCGAUCCCUCUUAAGGGUCUUCCAACGAAGUGAAUCCCAACUGAAAAGCGGAGGCCGCGGUGGAAUUAGGUUUGUACUAGUUAAAUUGAACCUUUGCCAUAAGGUACAUGUAUAAGUUCAAUUUGACCAUUAAGAUAUAUGUAUAAAUUCAAUUUGACAAUCAGUGUAUAGUUACAAGUUCAAUUUUACCAUUAACGUAUACAUACAAGUUUAAUUGAACUUUUACCAUAUACACAUAAUGUAUAUGUACAAGUUCAAUUUGAUUCCAUAACUUUUAGCUCCAAUAUUUCCCUGCACCAAAGGCCGAAACCAAAAUUCACAAUGGUGAGAAGGAAAACUUUUUGGCUCAAAAAUGUGAAAUUGUAAGUUUUCCUUUCAAAAGUUUCUCACCUACUGAAACUGAACGGAAGUUUGGAACUGAAAAGCCGCACCGAGCCUGCGUAGUACAAAUAUACCAUUCGUUUUCCUAACCUAAUUUGCGAUUUACUAAAAAAAAAAAGGAAAAAAAUACCAAAAUACACAUUAAUUUUUUUUACCUAAAUACACACGUUUUAUGAAAAAUUCUCAAAAUACACUUGUUUGAGCAUCAUUGUGGUCGUCAACCGCAGUAAAUACAUUAACCACAACAGAUGAAAGCGGUGAAUGCAUCAUCGCGGUUGACAGCCGCGGUGAAUGCAUCAUUGCGGUUGACAACCGCGGUGAAUGCAUGACCUAAUACUAAAACUUCAAACGAACGUAACUUUUUUGUUCGGUUAUCCGAUUGUAGCAAAAUAUUAUUGAUUCCGCACAACUAUUUAAGAUCUUUCAAUCUGCCACAAGCCUUCAUCCCAAAAAAAUGUCGUUUGCUAUCCCGAACGAGCAAUUUUUCGAUUUUGCCAAACUUUGGAAUGCCGUAACUUUUUUCUCCUUAAUCCGAACAUCAUAAAGUUUUUUGUGAUUGCGCAUAAAACUACAAUUUUUACUAGGAAUGAAUUUUUAAAAAAGUAAUAUUAUUAAAUAUACGGGAUUUUAGGAAUAACUUUGACUUUAGUUUUCACAAAUCCAAAUACAUUCCAUAUUCCAAAAUUAUGGUUGUGAUCAAAGUCUCUCCCCUCCAAUCGUUGAUUUGAGGCCGCUUCUCUCCGAGAUCCCAUCUCAAUCUCAUCUCCUAAGUCCCAGUUCCCAUCAACCAUUCGAACACAUCCUCACUGAUCUGCAACCAUCUCUCAUCGACCUCCACUAUCGUCGAUUGCGGCCAUUUGCAGGGCACAACUUUCGGGAAGAAAACCAUCAGGGGAAGGGCGAAAGAAGAAAUUAACCAAACAGGAGCUCAGGAGGUGAAUCGAGGGAAUGCGGUGGAGAUUGGCGAGAGAAGGAGAGGAGUUUUGUGGGGGGAGCUUCGAUUGAUUGGCAAGUGAAGAGGGGAUUGGGUUUAGUUUGAAGUGGACAGAGAGAGAACUCGAACGACGAACAGAGCCGAGAGAUGCUGGAAAUUUAGGGAUUUUGUCUUCGUCAAUUUUCAUAGGGAUAGGGUCAUUUCGGGUUAUUAGGGUCAGGAUGGGUCAUUUAGGGUCAAGUGUAAUUUGACCCGGCCCUUACAGGGUUCUGGUGAUGACCCGGCCCUCUUUUGACCAUUCAUUCAAAUUGACCCGGCUCGACCUUAAGGGUCGGGUCGGGGCGGGUCGAAGGGUUUUCAGGGUCAAAGCUUCAGCCCUAUAUGAGGAUGGCAAUCAUACUAGGAAGAAGGUUCUGAAAUCAAGAUCCUUUGUUGGUCAUCUCCAAGUUCAAGUUGUUACGAGUCUUAUGGUAUGUGAACUCUGAACAGAGGGAUGCAAGCGUCUCUACGCUGGUUUUGAAUUGACUGUAUGCAAGUUAAUCAUGACUUUGAACUCAUAAUUUUUUGGCUUAUUUUGUAGGAUAAGAGAUAUAACAAAUGAGGAUGAUGCAAGUUUGGUGAAGGAAGCCAUAAUAUAGGACUCUUUGCAUA